AUGCCUCUUUUCGUUCUCUCCGAGACGAGUGUAGGCUACGCCUUGUUCAAGGCCAAGGACAAGAAGCUGCUAGACGACAGCGAGCUCAACUCCCGUCUCCAGACCGCCGAACAGAUCAACAAUGAGCUGAAGCUCAAGGAGAUCGUAAAAUGGGACAACGCCGCCACCGGUCUCGAGGAAGUGGCUGGCCUGGUCGAGGGCAAGGUCACGCCCCUGCUCACCAAGCUGCUCGAGUCCAUCAAGGACGAGAAGAAGGCCUCGCUCGUCGUGUCAGAUGCCAAACUGGGUACCGCGAUCAACAAACUUCCUCAAUUCAACAUCACCCCCGUCGCCGACUCCUCCACCCACGAUCUCUACCGUAACAUCCGAGCACAUCUUACCGACCUCGUCCCCGGUCUGGAGUCUGAAAACCUCAGGAGUCUCGCACUUGGUCUGUCACAUUCGCUUUCUCGGCACAAGCUGCGAUUCUCGCCUGACAAGGUCGAUGUCAUGAUUGUUCAGGCUAUCUCUCUACUUGACGACCUCGACAAGGAGCUCAACACAUAUGCCAUGAGGGUCAAGGAGUGGUACGGCUGGCACUUCCCCGAGCUGGGAAAGAUCCUGAACGACAACCUCGCCUACGCACGAGUCAUCCUCGCAGUUGGCAUGCGUACCAGCACAGCCAGCACAGACCUUUCCGACAUCCUCCCCGAGGAGAUAGAGACCGCUGUCAAGGCUGCCGCCGAAGUCAGUAUGGGUACCGAGAUCAGCGAGGAAGAUUUGCUGAACAUCACAAUGCUGGCUGAUCACGUCGUCCGAUAUACCGAGGUUCGCGCACAGCUGUCGAGCUACCUCGAGUCCAGAAUGAAGGCUAUUGCCCCUAAUUUGACAGAACUUGUUGGAACUCUGGUCGGCGCGCGUCUCAUUGCCCACGCCGGCUCUCUCAUGAGCUUGGCCAAGAACCCCGGUUCCACCAUUCAGAUCCUUGGUGCCGAGAAGGCGCUGUUCCGUGCUCUGAAGACAAAGCAUGCCACACCCAAGUACGGUCUUAUCUACCACUCUUCCCUCGUCGGUCAAGCCACCGGCAAGAACAAGGGCAAGAUUGCCCGUCAGCUCGCUGCCAAAACUGCUCUAGGUAUCCGUUCGGAUGCCCUCACCGAGUGGGUUGAUGAGGAGGGCAACGAGGUCGAUGAGGACGAGCGAGCGUCGUUUGGUGCCGCCGCUCGCGCGAAGGUCGAGAACAACCUGAGGAAGCUGGAAGGAAAGCCCCUGGUUGCCAAGGGCAUUUCCGUGGGUCCUAAUGGACAGGCCGCUGCUCAACCAUCCAAGUGGGAUGUCAAGGAGGCCAAGAAGUACAACGCCGACGCUGAUGGUCUCGAGGCCGAGUUUGCAUCAGUUGAGAUUGCUGGAAGCGAUGCUGGCAAGAAGGAGAAGAAGGACAAAAAGGACAAGAAGGAUAAGAAGUCAAAGAAGGAGAAGCCUCUUAUCGAAGAAGUUUCAGACGAGGAGAUGGCAGAUGCUCCCGCUCAGAACGGAGCUGCAGCCAAGUCUAAGACACUGUCUGAAGCCGACUUUGAGAAGUAUGCUGAGGCCGCCGGCAUCUCGGUGUCCAAGUUCAAGCGCAAGUAUGAGCGCGGCGAUGUCGAGCUGGCUGAGGACGGCACGCCCAAGGUGCUCUCCAAGAAGGAGCUCAAGAAGCUCAAGAAGGCCGAGGAGAAGGCCGACUCCGACGGGUCGCUCAAGAAGAAGCGCAAGGCCGACGCGGACGGAGAGGAGAAGCCCAAGAAGAAGAAGAACAAGACCACCGACGCAUAG